AUGGAUGCUUUCUUCGGCUCUCAAUCCACUUCGAGGAGUCGCUGGAGCUACGACUCGCUCAAGAACUUCCACCAGAUCUCUCCCGUUGUCCAGGCUCAUCUCAAGCAGGUCUAUCUGACAUUGUGCUGUGCACUGAUUGCAUGCGGGAUAGGCUCCUACUUGCAUAUCCUAUGGAACAUUGGAGGUCUCUUGACGACUUUCGCUUGUGUGGGAUCUAUGGCCUGGCUGAUGUCUACACCUUCAUACCAAGAGCAAAAGAGGGUUUCCCUUUUGAUGGCAGCUGCGGUUCUUCAGGGUGCUUCUAUUGGUCCUCUGAUUGAGCUAGCUAUUGAUAUUGAUUCAAGUCUCAUUGUCACAGCUUUUGUGGGGACAGCCAUCUCGUUUGGUUGCUUCUCCGCGGCUGCCAUGGUGGCAAAGCGUAGAGAGUAUCUGUACCUUGCUGGGUUGCUCUCCUCUGGCCUUUCUAUUCUCUUCUGGCUGCAGCUUGCAUCCUCCAUUUUUGGAGGAUCUGCCUCGGUCUUCACAUUUGAGCUGUACUUUGGGCUACUGUUGUUUGUUGGCUAUGUCGUAGUCGACACACAGAACAUCAUCGAGAGAGCUCACGUUGGUGAUCUGGAUUAUGUGAAACACGCCCUUGAGCUGUUCACCGACUUUGUCAGCAUUUUUGUCCGGAUUCUCAUAAUCAUGCUGAAGAACUCGAUGGAGAAGGAGAACGACAAGAAGAAGAAGAAGAGAAGAGAGUGA